CCGGGCGGAGGCGGGGCCUGCCGCCCGGCGGUGCGGGGCGCGUCCCGGUGGCCGGGCCGGUGCGCUCCGAGCCCGGCCGUGCCCAGCCGUGCCCGGCCGUGCCCAGCCGUGCCCGGCCGUGCCCUCCCGCCGCCCGGCCCGCUGUUGACAAGCGGCGGCGGGAGGCAGCGCGGCGACGGUCGUCCCCAUGUGGCGGACGCUGGCCCUCGCCUCCGCCUUCUUCCCGGGGCUCUUCGCCCUCUGCAUCCGGUUACUGGGCUGGGCCGCCCCGGGAUGGAGCCUCAAGGACCGCAUCCUCCUCAGCGGCAGGUUGGUGUCAACAGUCCAAGCCACGAUGGCAACGGUAUCAGGGAUCACGGUUGUCCUUAACUGCAAGGAUGUGGUGUACGACAGGCACUGGCUGGCCGUGGAGUACAUCUGGGUCCUCGUUCCCUACAUGACCUAUGACAUUUACGUUAUGUACCUCUGCCACUGGCACAAGAGCCUGGAGAGGGGAGUUGCAGAGAAGAAGCACUCGCUGGCCAGCGUGUGGAGCUUCCUCCUGCAGGAGCGGCUAAUGGUGACCCACCACCUCUUCAUCCUCAUCGUGCUCACCCCCAUCACCCAGCACUUCAGGGGAGACCUGGGGGAUUUCUUCGUGGGCUGCAUCUUCAUUGCAGAGCUGAGCACGCCCUUCGUAUCGCUGGGCAAAAUCCUCAUGCAGCUCAAAAUGCAGGACACCCUCCUGCACAAGGUGAACGGGAUCCUCAUCCUGGUGACCUUCUUCCUCUGCCGUAUUCUCCUCUUCCCCUUCAUGUACGGGGCCUACGCCAGGCAGGUGGGAAUCCCCAUUUACAUGGUGCCUUUCCGCAUCCCCCUGCACUGCAACAUAGCCAACGCCUCCCUCAUCGCCCCCCAGCUCUACUGGUUCAGGCUCAUCUGCCGCAAAGCCGCCCGGCUCUACGGCCGCUCGCCCACCGACAAGAGCAGAUAACGGCUGGCAGCGGCAGCCCAGCGUGGGGGCUGGAAGAGGGUCAGCCCCCCCACCGCACCCCACCCCGGGCUCUUCUGCCUUCGCUGUCAGCGCAGGAGCGGAGCGGUGGAAGCGGCGAUGCCACCGGGCUGUUUUAGCUGGAAGCAGCCUCGCCAUCCCCACCGCCGUGCCGGGCAGCGCCAGCCUGGGCUAGGAGGGCUUCCUGCCCCACGCCGCUCCAGCGCCUUGUGUCCUCCCACCCGUGGGAGCCAGGGCAGGAGCCAGCGAGGAGGAGGUCUGCCCGCAAGCACAACGGUCCUUGCUUCAGCACCGAACUAACGGUUACACGAGAGGGGUUUGUUACACCCCCCACGCCACCCCCUCACCCACCCCCCCGCAGCUUUCAGGGCUGACACCAGACACCAGCACGGAGCUCGGCGAGGCACGGAGGAGCCUGCAGCCCACAGGUGAUGCUGGAGCGGGCCCAGCCCCACGCACCAGCACUGGGGGAGUCGAGUCCCAGACCUGCCGCAGCCCCGACUCGCGCCUCCGGCUCUGGUUUACAGCCUCCGGCUGAGAGCAGAGCCAGGCCCCGGGGCUGCAGCACGGUUCUGCACAGCCUGUUCCUGACCUUUACCGACUUCGCCUCUACACUACAGCCGCGUUCAGCCUCUUACCUCCCACUGCUGCUGGGCUCCAACUCGUUUGACUCCAUUUUAACCCAAAGGUGCUUUUCACUACAACUCUGGUGUCUGUGGCUGACAGUCCCAGGGGAGGGGGGCUCUGGUGUCCCCGGCAGGUUGGGGGGGAGAGAAGCUCACACCAGGCUAGAGGAAGGGUUAUGCUGUCUCAGCAGGGCAGAGCACCCAUGGGAGAAGGGCAGGAUGGGGACAGGAGACUGGUAAAUCCCUGGCUGGGGGCACUAUGCAGAGCCCUUUGUUGGCAGGGGAUGCAACUCUCAACCCCCUCCUCUAACUCCGGUUGCUUUUAUCCACAUAGCAUCCCCAUAGUGGAUAUCUGAAAGCUCAGCUGGCACACCCUGCCCUGUUCUCCCUCCAGCCAACACCAGCAGCCCUGGCAGCACCCCAUGGGUACCAGUACAACCUCAGCUCUGGUUUACGGUCCAUCCCUACUCCCCUGCCAGGCAAGGUCUGCCACGGAGGGAACUGGGUCACCCCAGACCAAGGUGCUGAACUGUGUCCUUCACCAGUUCAGCCCAUUUCCACCUGCAGCCACAGAAAAGUGGGGCCAGGCUUUAUGGCUCUCCCUGCAUCACAGGGUUCAGAAGCCCUGCAGGUGUGUGCAAGUCAGUCAGCAGCAGCUCAGUUCCUUCCCUGGAGCCAGCACAAGCCAGGGCAGCCACCUCAUCCCUGCAGCUUCCCACGCUGGCCUGGGGGUCCCCUGCUCCAGGGCAGGUAGCGUACCAGUAGACGUGGGGGCACUCCGUGCCUUUCAUUCUGUCUAAAAACAACAGUUGAGCUCUGGGAGACCUGGUUCUUUUGGGUGUCGGAUCUUGUCCCAGCCACGGCUAUAUUCUAGAAAGAGUGAACUAAAGGGCCUCUUCCACCAUGCAGUCAGUUAUUGCAGAAACACUACUGUUACAUUAACAAUCGAGACCAGCUGAUGUUAUAAACCGCUUGCAACCUGUUACAGACGUUUGUAUCUUGCUGUUUUCAUUGCAAAUAAUGUGCCUUAUGUAAGGACGAUAAAAAAAAAAAAAAAGCCAGUGAGGCAUCUCAGUUUGCACUAACACUGCCCUAUUUACUAUCAGGAGACCAAUAAAGACUUCCUUUCUGAGUCACACCA